GUUCAUUUAUACUCCAUUAUGUCUAAUAUAUUGAAAAGCUCCUCUAAGUCACACUUUUUCUUGGUCGUGAAUUUGCCCGGACAUUGGCAUGUAUGAACGAAAUACCAGUAGUUUGAGGCUUGCAUGCACAGGUAUGUAAGUAUGGACUUGUUAGAACCCACUUUUUGCCUUUAUAUCGCCCGACAUUGACUUGGUACACAUUAAAACUAUUACUAAUAUGUGCUGAUUCACCAUCAAUACGUACUGUUAACAUUUAGGUAAAGUUUUAAACAUAUUACGUGGAUUAUGAACGAGUUGAAGUGAGAAGUAUAAAUUCCAGAUAUUUUGGAAUCAUUAAUCUAUCAAUAUCCAAUAUCCUGUAGAAUAUAUAUUAUUAUUACUCUUAUUGUUUUAAUUUGGUCACUCUACUGCACAACCUAAUAUCUUUCAUUUACGUGUAUAUUCGAUGGGCAUAAUAAAAUACACAAGAUGCUCUUUGUUCAAUAUUGUACACGUAAACAAAGAUUCAAGUUUAGUAGAUUCUAAAACCUCCAUGUGCUUCCAUACCUAUUUAUCCAAGGGUUAGGCUUUUUAUUGAUCCCUAGGUAUAAUAUGUCGAGUUUUUUUUUCAAAGGGUAACAGAUAAAAUGCAGAUAGCAUUACCUGACUUUUCGCGAACUUCCCAGCAACGGUAAAUCAUCUCUUGGGAGGAAGGAUGUCGGAAAGGAGUGGAGACGAUAGAACGAAUAUUGUCCAUGUGUCAGAACCACGGAAAGAGACACAAGAUCCGGGGGAUUUAUUACAUGAACCCCGAAGUAUCAGUGAGAUAAAAAACAAUCUGUUUUCUGCGUCACCACAUGAUUCUGGUGAUGGUGCAGAAAAUUUAGCAGUUUGCUCUGAGAACAGUCAGCAACUUUAUGCCCCAACGACUGCUCCGGAUUCUUCCACUUCUUUUGGUUUUUCUGUUCAUGAUCCAACUGUUGAUGACUUGGAGCACACAUCUUGCUUUGACCACCUAGAGGAGAGAGCACGCGCCCAUUCCUGUACCGAUUCACAUAGUUCGGGAUAUGUAGAAUCGGAUGAUAGUGAACAUGUUUAUGUUGAAAACCCAUCUCCUCAUAACGAAGAUGUGGUUCGUCAUGCAUUGAUUCAACGGACCACCAGUGGCACCAGCAGUUUAAGCAGCAGUCUCAACAAUGAUUUUAUGAGAUGCCUGUAUGACAGGGAGUGUUAUAUAUCUGAAUGUGGUAAGUGCAAGAUGCUGAGGGAAGCAUCCCCCUCCAAAGAGUCGAUUGAAUUUUGGGACGAAGUUGAGAUUUGUGGGGGUGACGAUAGAAUAAAAUGUCACAGUAAGUUCUGGAGAUACUUCUUGCAAAAACUAAAAGAGAAAUUCCCAGAUGAAAAAGGACUAAAUAGUCAACAGACAAUCCAUUUACUUAAGACAUUAUUGAAUGUGCAAGGGGGAGAUGAUGGGGAAAUUACACUCUCUAACUUGAACACAAUAGUGCGAUACUUUGGUCCUGUAAAGAAAGAUGCUGAAGGAAGGUGUUUCAUCAUACGUCAUCUGAACGAUAUUGUAACAAAAUCUCUCGUAACAUCAAACGUGGGAAAGAAGAAAAUAAGACAAAGCUGGUUUGCUGGUGAAAUGACAAGAAGCAAUGCGGAGGGACUUCUGGAGAAGCAGAAAGACGAUACCUUUCUUGUGAGGAUGAGUCAAAGUGGAUCAGAGAGUGGAAGCUUUGUGGUGUCUGUCAAAGACCAAAAUGGCUGCCAUCACUUUGAAAUCGAAGGAAAUCCUGUAGAAUCAUGCAGAAGCGAUUCUCUAGACUGCCGUCUGAAGAUUUUCAACAAGUUGUAUGAAACCUUACCAUGCUUGGUGGAGGAUUUGAAGUACAAUCCACUUGAGGAUGAGGAGGAUGAAAAAGAAGUUCGAUGUACGUACAUCUGCCCAGAUCUACCGUUUAAUAGUGUCAUUACAGCAUACAAACACACGAAAUAAGGGAUGAAAAGAGGCAGGUACUUAACAUGUAGCAGGCUUACGUCACGUACUUAUGACCUUAUUGCGUUUUUAUUGUAUAUAUUGAAUUAAACUCUUUCAUGACAAUGUAUUUUUUCUGGUGUAGGAUACGAAGGUACAUUUUAAACUGUAGAUCUCAUUGAUUGUGACUUGAUGAAAAUGUUGUUUAACAUAAAUGCGAAAUUUGUGUUCCCUUUGAAUUACACACCGGUAACAUAUUGUAAUUUGCUCGCAUAAUAUACAUCUUGCUUGUGCUUUAUAUUAUGUGUGGAUAUACAUAUGAAAGGUGAAUAUAACGAACAACGAUCAAGCUCUUAACUCCCAUAAGAAAUUCACAAUAGAGAGUUGGGCAAACACGGAUCCCUGGAUAUACCAAAUAGUGAGAAUGUUUUUAUUUACUGUGAUCAGAUUUAGGAGUAUUGAUUGAUGUUAGAAUCAGUUGAAAUCCAGUAAUUUAUAUUUUCCAUCCUCUAUAUCUGCAUUUGAUGAUUGUUUAUUAAAGUGAUUUUUAUUCUGAAUUUCUUAUGACAUGCAAUUUGCUUUCGUUGGGUGCUAUAAAAAAUCAGAUAUAUCUAUAAUAACAUUUACAAAUGCGGUGUGGUUUACAUGCUUUCCAUUAUUUUUAGUAACUGUAUUUGAUGUUAGUCCCAUGAGAUAUACCAGUUAAUUAUCAGUCUGUCGAUGUAUUAAUUUGUAUCAAGACCGUUUGCUUGCCUUUGUCGAGUCGUUUUAUAUCUGGUAAUUAUCAAACAAAUUAUUUCAAAUUGGCAUUGUUUAAAUGAGAGAGAAAGAGAUAUAUUUAGAGAUAUAGUGAUGGAGAGAGGGAGCUAGAGGUAAAGAUCUUGUGAAAGGGGGAUUUAGAGAGAGAUCAAAAAGAUAUCUUAACAAAGCGAUAGGGCUCUUGUGUGUUUGUGUUAUGUGUGUGUGUGUGUGUGUGUGAGAGAGAGAGAGAGAGAGAGAGAGAGAGAGAGAGAGAGAGCAUUGAAUUAUCUAAGAUUAUAAACGUUAUCAGUAUUUAUAUUCCACUUGUGUAUCAUAUGCGUAUAAUAAAGUAAAUUACAUCAAGAUUCCUUUUAGAAUAAUUUUAUUUCAACUAGUUUUCAUUCAAUACAUUUCAUACCAAACAUUACAUGUGUAAUCCUUCUUAAUAUCUAAGACAUGCCUUUGCAAUAUCAAUAUCAUAUUAAUAAAAUACCGAUUCAGAUCACGGUAAUGCAGUUCAAAAUACAAUUGACAAUGAUUGAUUGAUUUUGUGGGCAUUUGCCCUAGUAAUUUACCGUGUUGUAAGUGUAUGAAAUACAAAUGACAGAUAAUUUCUAAUGCUUUUUAUGUGUUUUGUAUUGUGGAAUACAUCGUUAUCUGCCUAUUAUGGAAUGUAAUAUAAAAAAUAUGUCAUGAACUAUGACUAUAUCACACAUCAUUUCUGUGCUUCAUUAGCAUUUGUUAAAAUGUAAAUAAACUUAGUAUUGUGUAUUCUAUCUUCCCUGCAUCACCCCUGCAUGAUUCUAUUUAAUGUUCAAGAUACAUGUAGGUGAUAUAUGCAUAUUUUACGUGAGUACAUGUAUAUCUCCCUUAAAUCAUUUCAGAUUAUAGAAUAGUAUUCAUAGUGUACUUAUGAAAUUUUCAAACAUUUGUUGAAUGUACACGAAUGUAAAUGUCCAAUGAAAUCACUCCAUAACAGGGCUGGGGUAAUUGAAAAAGUAAUUGUAAUUAAUUGCAAUGAAUUACAUUUUUGAAGUAAUUGGAUGUAAUUUGUAAUCGAGGAUUUUUUAAUUACAAGUGAUUGUAUUUUAAUUAAUUACCUGAGGAAAGCACCCUGUAAUUCAAUUACUUUUUAAAUUACUUUCAAUUACAAUUACUUUCAAUUACAAUCCAGGACCAUGAAAUUUGUUUUAGCCUGAUAUUAUUGCAAUAUUGCCUAAGUUUAUUUAAUACUUGAGUCAAUUUUCUACUAUGUGUAUUUAAAAUCAAAAUACUCUCCCCCUCUCUCUUUCGGCAGUUAGUCUUUAUAUAAGCUGAUCAAACUCGCUGUACUUUAGUAGGUGAAAUUCAAGCUUGAUCUGUUCAAAUCUCACAGAACAGUGUACACUGCUGUUUGCAAAGAACUAUGUGUGUGUAUGUGUUUUUUGUCUCUUUCUUUCAAAGGGCAGUGUAUGUGUUUUUAAGCUGAUCAAUUCGCAAAGCAAUAUCAUUCUGGAAUGUUCCUGAACAAGGAAGAUGUCUAGUAGACCCUCAGUAUUACGAUAUUUUGAAAUACAGGAGUGUUGCGGGCAAAAUUUUUCGGCCUGCAGAUGCUGUUUAAUGAUAGCACCUUCGAGAAACUAAUGGAGAUCAAAUGUAAUAGCCGAAUGAAACAGUAAUCUGAUACAAAUUUAUAAAUGAGUUAUCAUUCAUACUUCAUAUGAUCAUAUUAUUUACCACUUGUUUUGUAAUAAAAUUUGAAAAAGUAAUUUGUAAUUUAAUUACUUUUGCAAGGUAAUUGUAAUUUAAUUCAUUACAUGCUCUAAAAUGAAUAAUUGUAUUUAAAUUUAAUUGAAGAAAAUAGCAAAGUAAUUGUAAUUUAAUUAAUUACGUUUCAUUGUAAUUGAACCUAACAUGAAUUUUGGGCAUUGUUUGGAUGAAAUUAUCAAAAUUUAUAUUCUGAUGUAGUCGCCCAUGAAAAGUAUAAACACAUGUUGAUGGCAUGUAUUGCGGCAUGAAGUCACAAUGAGGAGGUGAUAUGAUUAGGAUAUUUAUUUGUUAAAUCAACAAGAAACAGACAACUGCUAUUAUGAUAACCACAUUUUGUUCUUUCAAUUUACUCGCUGUAUAUCAUGGCCAUGUUUAUACUAAAUGUCUUUUUUUCCACUUUAUACUAUUGUCAUACAAUUUUGUUAUAAAUCCAAGGUUUCUAAAUCCCAGUCAAUAUUAAUAAUAUAAUGUCUAUCUCAUUACUUUGUGCUUUAUACUUUCACAAAACUAUACUGACAUGGCUUUUGUGCGAAUUUAAGAAUGGUUGUAUUAUUUAUGCAUGUUCAUGCAUAUAUUAUAUGGAUGCAAAUAAAUGAAAAAGAUA